AUGGAAUGUGUCAAGGAGCCAUGUUGUAGGUCAAUCAACUACAAAAAGACCAUUCACAAUGAACCAAAUUGUGAAAUGUUACAUGACGUGAUUUACAAUACAUCUGAGAAUGUUUUGGAGAGAAACUCUUCUUAUGAUUAUGUUUAUCUGCUUGACCCACAAAAGGUAUGAAUUGACUGUAAUCGAGCGAGAUGCCAACAAAAUCUUAAGAUUACGUGAGAUCUAGUCUAUUAUGUUUUCCUACGUGUAUCCCAUGGUGCUGCAGUAGUGCAGGGAUUCUUUUGGUAAAACGUAAGCGAACCACAAGUAUAACAUUCCUAAAAUGUGCCGUCAGUCUGUUUGUAUGAAUCGUGGUGGCAAUAUAUUCAAAUUUUCUUUCAAUGUUCAUAUUUUAACAGCCUCGUUGAAAUUUCAUCCGGGAGCGCGCAAUAUGUAAAUCCAUGCGUCACGACGUACAUGCUUCUCAAGUUGUACUUUGCACUGCGCGCAAAGUGAUAAUAAAUUCAGUGCUCAGUGUAGAAAAUUUAUGGACAAAUGCCUUAUCAGAAUAAAUUGUUGGGAAGACUGAUUGAAGCGGAUCCUAAACAUUUUUAAAGUCUAAAAAUUUCAGCAUCAGGAGAUCCUAAUAACAUCGCAAUGUAUUUUUGAAUAUAAUGCCACACUCGUGAAUGUUGGCAUUAAUUGAUUGUGAAAUUAUAAGUGGUUAUAAUUUUUCCGGGCCAGUACCUUGUAACAUUAAAAUUAAAAUGAUGCCCAACUGUUGCUGCAGAAUGCUUGUUUUUUAAUGACUUUUCUAUGCUGUUUCCCCUUAUAGAAAUUUGAAUUAUCAUAAAACAUAUGGAAACGUCACAUAGUCGUUUACCUCAAAAGGUUGGCACAACAGCCUGUUUCAUCUAAAGCCCUGGGGAAACUAGGAAGCAUUGUUGUGGAAACUUUUGUGAUUCUCGAUGUUUCCUCAAAUGUUUCCUGUUUGCCCACUCGUGGAAACAUUGUUGCGAAAACAAAAUUUGCUUCCCAAGAAGCAAAAUGUUUCCUAGCAAAUUCAGAAACAUUUGAUGUUUCCCUAUGUUUCUCACUAAUGUUUCCUAGUGUUUCCCAACUCUUGGAAACAUGGCAAAACAUUGGCAGGAAUCAAUGUUUCCGCAACAAUGUUUCCUAGUUUGCCCAGGACUAAAGAUGAAUCAUGAUGUAGCUGACAAAUUUCGAAAAGUGGGCUGCUUAAAUAUUUACAGCCGGAAACGUGGGCGUGUGGGCGUCAAACAAUAGAUACAUUCCUUCCAUUGUUAUCAUUGUCCACUCGUUCCUUUAUCCUGGCGAUAACAGAGUGACAUAACAACGAUAUGUCACUGAUAUCCUUUUUAUCACGGAUAACACUUUUUGUCUCGCUAUUUUAAAAAUUGUUGCAUAAACAAAACCUGCCAAUAUUAUCUUUUUUUAGGAGUACAAUGCAAGCUGCUUCGUUGUGGAAGCCGAAAUAAAAGGUACAUACUCUAUGUUUUUAUCGAGAUUUUGGGGCUACAGUUGCUCGAUUGAAAUAACAGUUGAAGAGUUUUUAUAAAUGGAAAUUUCGAACAGAAGAUCAUAUACAAUUUUAGACUUAACCAUGCAGGAACAGUCAUUGCUAGAAAUGUAGACAACAUAAUUUCAUAGCUAACCAUGCAGGAACAGCUGAGAAAAAUGCCAUUUUUUCAAAAUGUCUUUUGGCAUGCAGAAAUCUAAUCUGCGGCCUUGCAUUCAGUCCAAUUGUCCAGCUGUAAUCCAAAAGUUGUUGAAUAUGUAUAGUGGGUGAUGCCAUUAUAAUAUAGUAUGGUUAAGUAUCAAGCGCGAGAUUGUUGGGUAUCUCGCCUAGCUAGAAUGGUCGAUUCAUGCCAGAGGGCCUAUUAUUUUUUGAAGCAACUCCUGAUUAUGUCUAAAAUUGUGUAAAAUCUUCCGCUUGAAACUUCCAGCUGCAAGAACACUUCAUGAAAUCUAUGAUUUAAUUUUCUUGAACUUGUUAAUAUGGAGUUCAAUUACGGACACAAACGUUUACACCUUUGUAACGCGAACACAUCUCUACUAUAAAAAAUAAUAUACAUAAAAAUAGCACAUUUGUGAAAAAUUUAUGCAAGCAUUGGUAGUUUGGGUCUGCUAGCAUUUUUACAAAUAAAAUUAUUUUGAAAAGUAAAUUUUCGAGUCCAGAAACAAAUUUAAAAGUUACUUGCGCACAAAAAUGCUACGUUUAAAACGCAUUUUAAAUUUAAAGGUUGCAAAUUUAGAAGGUGGUUUGUUAACUAUCAAAAUAUUAAACAACGUAUCCAACAUGCGACCUAUAAAUCGUUGAUUUUUUUGCUGUAGUAGUCUUUGGAUUCACCCAUAUUUUUUAACUGUUUUUAAUGAUUACGUAUAGGAAAUCAAUCAUGCAUAAAAUCAGUCAGGGGCGGAUCUAGCGGUCGUCAAACCCAUAGAUAUAGGAGAUCUGGAUUGCUAACGCAUACCUGGCGCAGGCGGGGCCUACAUGAUAAAUCCAAGAUGGCGGUACAACAGGGCAAAAAGACUAUAAAUUCUAUUAUGAAAAUCAGGAUUUUUGCAUUUUUUGCCGUCGCAUUGUUUUGAAACUUAUUCGGUCAAAUUUUAUGGUAAAGAGAAACUUACCGCGAAGAUUUUGAGCAUAUACAUGAUUGAAUUGGAUAAAAACUCGCAAAAUUAUCCAUCGACAAAAGUUCGUGUAUAGUACUGAUAUAGUACUAUAUAUGUAACUUGUACAGUUUUGCUUUAAUUUUUGCUCAUUAUUUGCAUAAAAAGCAAAUUAUAACAGACCAUAGAUGAUAGACCCUCAUCCAGUGCUCUCAUCAGUUUACUUCUCUAACAAGCAAGGGGGGGGGGGUACAUAACAGUUCAUUUUUCACAAUUAUGAGGACAGAGCAGAUGAUGAUGAGAGAUGCAAGUAUAAAACACCAUUCACAAGGCUAGAUGUUAACAUAGCACAGUAUUUCUGGCAAUAAAACGCUCCAACUGACCGACUGACCAUUUCACACGAACUUUUAUCGCUGGAUAACUUUGCAAUUUUUCAUCCAAUUCAAUCAUAUAUAUGCUGAAAAUCUCCGCGGUACGUUUCUCUUUACCAUAAAAUUUGAAACAAUGCGACGGCAAAAAAUGCAAAACUCUUUUUGCCCUGUUGUACCACCAUCUUUGAUUUAAUUAUUAUGUAGGCCCCGCCUGCGCUAGGUAUACGUUAGCAAUCUAGAUCUCCUAUAUCUAUGGUCAAACCAGUCACGCGACUAACGUAAAAAUUGCAAACUUAAUUAAUUCUUAAAUAUUCCACCAAUAGUCCAGGUAUUUUUUAUCAUGCAGCGACACCUUAUAAUAUAAUUUUUAUCAUGCAGCGCUAGCAAUUAACAUUCCAAUCGAACUGUGGUCCAGUGAUCAAAUUUCAUACAGUGGCUGAGCCGACGAGCUUAGUCAAGUCAAUGAGCAGCUGACAUACGCAAAGUCGGUCAGUCAAAAAGUCAGAAUCCAGUGUUCUGAUUGGUUUAGACGCUUAUUGCCAUGGAAACAAGCGAUUUUUUGCGAUCUUGACUGAUCUGUGGGGACUUCUGACCGAUUUAAAAAAGUCAGGGGCGCCCCAUUAGUCGGAAAUAUUUGACGUGUGGUAAAGUCUUUCCGAGCACGCGCUCAAUCAAAGUGUCAUGUUGGAGUUUUGUCUAAAGAUCUGCUGGAAUGUUUGUCUACGGAAAGUUCGGAAAUGUCUGCUGCUCCAGUCCUUGUAGUAUUUACGAAACGGUUCAAUCCGCAUUUGUGGUGAAUGGUUUAGCUGUCUUACAAGACUGUUGCGCUGAUCUUGGGAGGAAAUUCGACGCUAAAUAUCGGAGAGUUCGAUUCUGUAAGCAGUUGCUAGGCGACAUGAGUAGCACGAACUACAGUUUGCUAAAUAUCGGAGAGUUCGAUUCUGUAAGCAGUUGCUAGGCGACAUGAGUAGCACGAACUACAGUUUGACUGCUUGAGUAGAAGUAUUGGCGCCGAUCUCUUAAUUUUUUUCUGAAGUGCAGUAAGGUAAAUUUAAUGUGAUAUGUAAAUUUUAUUUCGUUUUAGACAGCAUAACAAUGUUUAUAAGCGAACAAGAUGUGCGCCAUGCAUAUGUAAAAUUGUAACUUGAAUAAGCUUAUUACACUGGCCUGUAGGCCAAGUGUCUUAAAUCCCUUUUUUUCUGUUUUUUCCUGUGUUUUCCUGUUUUUUUCGUAGUCGAGAAAUCGAGUUUGCGUUAGCUCAUCGCAGGCUCAGGGUGCAACGAUUAAGCCAAAAUGCCAUCGAUUCCCUCGGUUCCGUGAUUUAUAUAGUAUAGUAAUAAGCUCGUAUUUAUGUACGUAAUAGCCGACUGUGCCAUGCUUGUGGUACAUUUUUUGUUUAUUAGCCCAUACACUUGUACGCACGCGCACAAUUCCGAACCCCAAUGGCGGCUUUUCACAGAGUGAUCAAACUAUAUUUUACACAGUUUCGUUGAAUUUUCAAAGAAUUGUGCCGGUUUCCUAUGGAUUGUUCGUUGUGUCGUAAUCUGGACUUUCUUGUGUGUUGAAUUAAUGUGUUUUUCUUUGUGUAACGACUCGAAAACCACAAAAUUUGGACACAGCGAAUUUAUACGAUAUAUAGAAGGAUAUUUAAACAAGGACAAGUUAAAGGUUUGACAGUUUGACUUAAAUAUACGUCGUGGACUCAUAACAUCCGUUGUGUACUUGUGUUAAUUUUUGCGGCGCACUCUGAACUUUCUUGCCUGUUGCCAGUUAAUGUUUUUCUUUUUGUAUUAAAUUAAACGACUCGAAAACCCCAAAAUUUCAUAAAUUUGUACCCAGCGAAUUUAUACAAUACAUUGGAAUAUAAACAAGGACAAACUCUCCUAAUUCCUUACGAUAGUUUUAGUCAAAUGUCGACAAUAUACCUUUAAAUACAUGUAUUAAAAUCCGCGCCGUACUAGAAUUACGAGAAUUCGCGUAGCUCUGGCCGCUGGGUGCGGAAAUUUUAGUACUGCGCGUGCUUGCGUUUCGGAGGUCGACUUGUGAGGGUCCUACUAAAUACUGCCCGGAGCGCCCGGGAGUGUUCGGGGACGCCCUGAAGCGCCCGGGAGCACGUGAGAACGCCCGGGGAUAUACAAGAUAAUAUAAAUCAGUGCACGAUCCUUUUUGAGUCUCUAUGAGGCAUUAUAUUAAUGUGGUAAGUCUACGCGAAAUAUAAUCUGCGCGAAAAGCUUUGUGGUAGCUAUAGUAAAGAUAAAGCGUGCGUUCAAAAUACCAACAAGAACUAGAACCAUUAUUGUAUGGUUCUCAUUUGCUACACUUACCACAAGUCGACCUCGAAGAAACGCAUUUCGUUCGAGGUCGAAUUGUGACAAGUCUACUCAUUUGCCUAAUACAAUAACAUUAUUUUUUUUCCCUGUGUUGGUGUUGGUGUUGUGUACUCAGGUGAAUAAUAUGUUUGCGAUGUUACUCUGAGUGCAUAUCCACACCGGGCGAGCUUGAAAAAUAUGCCCGGCCACGGUGGGAUUCGAACCUACGACCUUUGGAAUGCUAGCCCAAUGUUCUUCCAACUGAGCUACGCGGUCAGGACGGUUCGAGUAAGUGAUAUUUCGGAACAGUAUCUAGUUCCUUCAAUACCAAUGUAAUCUACUAAUAUGAUUUUUUUCUGUGUUGGUGCUGUGUACUCAGGUGAAUAUGAUAUUUGUGAUGUUACUCUGAUUGUAUAUCCACACCGGGGAGCUUGAAAAAUAUGCCCGGCCACGGUGGGAUUCGAACCUACGACCUUUGGAAUACUAGCCCAAUGCUCUUCCAACUGAGCUACGCCGUCAAGACGGUUCGAGUAAGUGAUAUUUCGGAACAGUAUCUAGUUCCUUCAAUACCAAUGUGUUCUUGUAAUAUGAUUUUUUUUUUUCAAUUUGAUAAAAUGAAAAAUCUUUCACAAUUAUCACAUUUCUGCAAGUACUUCUCCUUUACUUUUCCCUAACGAGCGAGUUGUGAGAGUCAGACUGAUAAUUGCUAUAAUUAUCUUCCAUUUCAUGAAGGUAAUUUUUUGUUGAAGCUGCUUUCAGAGUGAUGCAAAUUGCGUUUCUGAGGUUUAAAAAUAUAAAAUCCCCUCCCCCUUAGGUGCCUCGCGCAACGUACGAAAAAUCAUGGAUCCGCCCCUGAAAUCAGUCAAUGACAUGACACAUUGAACGCGUGAAUCGCUACUAUGGCAAAAAAUUAAGUUCACGUUUUGGGAGUCGCUCGUGGGAUUUAACAUCACAUUGUCUGGCACUUUGAUACAAAAAAUACUUUUUAAAUUGUCACCUUAUGAAUUCAAAUUGCGUUUUAAACCUUCCAUGUUUGUGCGCAAGGGGGUUGUAAAUUGAUUUUUUAAAGCAACCCUCCUGCAGUCGAAAAUUUACUUUUCAAAAUAAAAGUUGCGCAGUUUUGCGGAAUUUACAAUUCAACGAACAUUUUCGAUACACCCUGCUGGUAUUACGGACAGUUUUCAAUUCCCAUCAUACGUGCAAACUAAUUUUGAAAGAAUUAUAAUAAAACAGGCACCGCUCUUUUAUGCAGCGUACAUCCGAGCGUAAUGGUAAGUAGAUAAAGUAAAUUACACUGUUUUAAGAUUAUAAAUAAUUUUAAAUUUUGGCUCUUUCUAAAAAACACGUACCUAUCAAUGUAUUUUCGCGUAAGACUGGAUUAAAAAUAUCGUGAUUGGUCAGCGGCGAGAAGAUCAAUUGUUUACUCAACCUACCCAAGACAGAGAUCUUUCAUCAAUUCUUUCAGACCUAGAAAAAAUGGGAUCCCGCCCCUGUGUGCUGAAUUGAGGAAAUCUUUUCAAAUUUUCCCACAUUUGUUAUCGGUAAUCUCAACGAAUCAUUAUAGAGAGGUUAAGAUACCCCGGUUUCGGUGUACGCGUACUGGUAGCAUGAUUUUGGUUAGCCAUAUUUUCGUCAAUGUCUGAACCUUUACUUGUAAUUAAGGUGCACAUUUUUCACAUUGUAUUGUCUAUUGCAAGAAAACAGAAAAAGUAUGAUCGUAUUACAGACAUCAGUAAAGCAAGAUGACACUAAUCGUACCCGUACACCGUACCGGGGUAUCUUAAACUCUCUAUUAUAUCGUUCCUCCCCAUCUCUUAUUUCAGACAUACCAACACAGUCAAGUUGUUGCAUAUACAUGGCGUAGCCUAAAAUCAAAUUUCCAUUGAAGGAACAUUAAUUUGAAAAAUUAAAAUUCACGAUCCAGGGAACAUGAAACACUCUAGCUUUUUCCCAGCCUUAUAUACACCUUUUUUUACCUGUUACAGAUACGCAAAAAAGUUGUGCAAGUCUUUAUGAAUCCGGGGAAAGAAAAGAUGUUGUGUAUGCUAUCGAUCCUGAUGGCUUCGGAACAUUCCAAGUCUGGUGUGAUAUGCUAAAUGACGGAGGUUGGACCGUAUUUCAAAGACGACAGGAUGGAAGUGUAGAUUUCUAUCGUGACUGGUCAGACUAUAAGGUUGGCUUUGGUAACUUGAGUGGCGAAUUCUGGCUCGGGUUAGAUAAAAUACAUCGUUUGACCAAAUCUAAUCAAAUGGUUUUAAUAAUUGACAUGAUGGAUUUUGGUGGUUCAAACGUCUACGCCAAAUAUCAGUCUUUUUCUGUGGCUUCUGAGUCAGACAAUUACAGACUUAACAUUGGUGAUUAUCAUUCAGGUAAAUACCAAGAAUAA